AUGUCAGACACUUUAUCCGUUCCUCGGUCCAAAUCCGAACCUCCAGCUUUCGAUGAUACCACCCCGCCAGACAUCUCAGGCAACGUUUCAGAGGCUCCAGACUCACAUACUCCAGGCUACAUGUCUUCCACUCCAAGCAGUCCCUACCUCUUGUCGAGGAACUCGUCCUAUAUCGGGAGCCAGUCCCUACAGGAAGACUGGGAUGUACCUCUAGAUAGGCUGACCUUCUUCGACAUCUUCGAUAACCUCGCCUUACCGUCGAAACUUGAUCGUUGGCAGGCUACUAUUUCCGCACAAAAAGAGAAGUUCUCCAAAAGCCAGGAGAGAAUAAGGACAACUGGCAACAAUGCAAAAGACCGUGCCGUGGCUGAAUGGCGGAAACGAGUUCCCUCCACCGACGAGCAGCUGGCUAAGUAUCGGAGCCGGAUGAAGAAAUCUGUUGACAAUAUCAACAAGAGAUGGAACGAUACAGCGACCAUCUCUCUCAAGGAGAAAGUCUCCUUCAUUUCCGCCGUCCUGAAUGUCUUCAUCAGUGGUUAUCUUAUCGGUGGUGUCCCCCAAUACUUCUACUUCUGGUUCACUGCUCAGAUCGCCUAUUUCAUGCCCAUUCGGUUUUACACCUAUCAUCGUAAAGGUUAUCACUACUUUCUGGCAGAUCUAUGCUAUUUUGUCAAUGCGCUAUGCUUGUUGACGAUCUGGGUUGCCCCGAGGUCCAAACGCCUUUUCAUCAGCACGUAUUGCUUGGCGUAUGGCAACAAUGCGGUGGCUAUUGCCAUGUGGCGCAACUCGCUGGUGUUUCAUUCCUUGGAUAAGGUUACGAGCCUCUUUAUCCACGUCAUGCCACCCGUGACUCUUCACUGCCUUGUUCAUCUCACGCCGGCUGACAUCCUUCGUGACCGGUUUCCAGCGGUUUAUGAUAUCAAGUUUAGCGAAGCUGGUUCCCCUGAACACUACUCGCUUGGUGCGAUGCUGAUAUGGGCCACCGUACCUUAUGCUAUCUGGCAACUCUCAUAUCACUUCUUCAUCACUGUUCGCAGGCGCGAAAAGAUAGCCGCGGGACGUCCCACGUCUUUCACCUGGCUUCGGAAGUCAUACGCAAACUCUUGGAUUGGCAAAGCGGUUAUUGGACUUCCUCCAGUCUUACAAGAGCCAGCAUUCAUGCUGAUUCAAUACUCAUAUGCGCUACUCACCAUUCUCCCAUGUCCAAUUUGGUUCUGGUCUCGCUGGAGUAGUUCCGCAUUUCUCAUGACCGUCUUUAGCUGGAGUGUUUGGAAUGGUGCCAAUUAUUACAUGGAGGUGUUUGGCAAGCGGUUCCAAAAAGAGCUCGAGCAAAUGAAACGAGAUGUUGCAAAGUGGCAAAGCAGUCCAGACGCUGUGUUCAGCCCUCCCCUGGGACCAUUGGAUGCCGAUGGAAAACCCCAAGAAGGCGGUCACGGUAAAAGGAAUAGCAUCGACCGCAUUCCGCUGCUAGAUGAGACCAAGUCUGGCGCAGAAUCUGCGAAAGCUACGGGGGCCAGUGUCAUGAAUGACGCGGACAACAGCCUUGUUGAUAGGAAGGGAGUCUCGGCCUCGGAAAGCUGA